CGCCUAGCGACCGCAGUCAGGUGACUGUCUGCAGACAGAACAUGGCCGACCUGUCAGAAGACCAAUGAGGGAAAGGCCACACUUAGCAUAUUCGAUCAUUUGUUCGGCGUCUUUUCUCGUCGCGGUUGAAAGCGGCUCUUCGUGUGAGACGUUUUCGAGAUGAACGGGAUGCCAGAUAGGAUGUCGAACGGGAGUGAGCACGUCGGAAACGAUGCUCAGGUUUGGGAGAGGCCGUGGACCCUGGAGGAGAUGCGGCACAACAGCGCCGACUGGUCGCUCGCAGCUGACUCGGGGCUCUUGUUGUUCCUUCAAGACUUCUCUCAGAGAAUGUUGUCCAAGACGCACGAGAUCGAAAAGCAGCUGGACAGCUUGAUCCGAGACACCAAGGCCACGGACAGCCGCCUAAACUCGGUCUUUAACGACUUCCUCAUGCUCUCCAAUACGCAGUUUAUAGAGAAUAGAGUGUAUGAUGAAGAGGUUGAGGAACCCAUGCCCAAGACUGAUGCUGUGGAGAAGCAGCCUGAUCAGAAAACACGCGAGCAGAAAGAAGCCGAGCUGAUCCCCAAGAUGCAGGAAGCGGUGACUUACGGCUUAAAGGUGUUGGAGUGCGCCUUCGAGCACCUGGACAUCAAAGCGGGAAACUCGGACUCCGAGGAUGAGGAGGCCAACGACAGAGUGGAAGCGAUCCUGGAGCCUAAGGAUCUUUACGUGGACAGACCUCUUCCUUGUUUGAUUGGCUCUCAGGCCUUCAUGGAACAAGAGGACGUCGGCCUUGGCGACCUGUCUAGCGAUGAACUGUCUGUGGACAGCGAGAGAGACAGCGUAAUCGACAGCGAAGAUGGCAAAGAUGCAGAUAAUUCCGAUGAGGACUUUAUGCAGGAGGAGGAGGAUGUUCACCAUAGUAUGAAGAAGAAGUCAUCUAUGUUGAGCUAUGAGGAUGAUGAAGAUGAUUCUGAUAUAUUUGGGGACUCGGACAAGGAGGAGGAGGAUGCAAAGGUACGACUGUUUACGCCUUGUCUCCAUACAGCGGCCAUUACAUUGAAAUCCACCGAAAAAUUGCAAUGCUUAGUCUUGAAUGAGAGCGCAGGCCCGUCGUCCUUUGCCGACGAGCUGGCCGCCAGGAUCAAGGGCGAACUGGUCGGCAAACCAACUGGAGAUCGAGCCUCGUUAUCCUCAAGGAAGAAAAGUAAAAGCAGAAAAGAAGCAAAGCCUGUGAACUUGGAUGCACCAGCUGAAGACGACAGUGACGACAUGUUCAAACCUCCAAAAAUGGAUUAUGACGACGACGACGACGACGAUGACUUCUCGCCGUUUGGGGGGAAAAGUGGUCUCUUCAGUGGAGGGAAAGGCCUCUUUGAUGAUGACGAUGAAGGUGAUCUGUUCUCUGAUGCACUAAAGCUUCCCGUGUCCAAACCGGAUAAGUCGCCAAAUGAAAGCAUCAAGAGCGCCACUCGAGCUGCAGAACCUGACAAAACUGUCAAGAAAGUUCUACCCGGUGCCAUUUCGAAAUUUCCAGACAACAGCCUCUUCGGUCCAGUUGAUGACUUAAUGGAGAGCCGGGAGAACGGAGCGCCAACCAACAAGACCCACGUCACCCCGAAACCGGCCCCCGUCCUUGGUGGGCUGUUUGAUGAAGAGGAUGACGGCGAUGACGACUUCUUCAGUGGUAAAAGCCUGAAAAACUCUUCUACUGCUGCACAGGAAAAAUCCAAACCCCAAAAGGUCCUUGACCUUUUCGACGAAGAUGACGAGGACGGGGACAUAUUUAGCGAGAAGGCAGCUCAGAGCAAGAUGGUGGAAGAGCCAGUUAAACUGCCAGAGAAGAAGAUGCCUGCAGGUGCCAUCUCCAUGUUUGGUCCUGUCACGCAAAAUGUCCUCUCAGAGGGCCUGAAGAAACGUCAGCCCUCCCCCAGUGAAGAGUCUGAGAAAGCUGAAAAGAAUGGGUUGGUUCCAGAGAGUGGAACAACUGUCACUCGGACCCAGAAACACAUGGCAAGUAGCCUCUUCUCUGAUGACGAGGACACACAAAUAUUCCCAACGAUCCCCAGGAGUCAGUCUAACCCCCACACGACAAGUCAGAGCAGAAUCAACAAGCACCACGUGUCCUUAUUCGAUGAUGAUGAAGAAGAGGAUCUUUUUGGGUCGAAGCCAAAACCCAGUGCAGCUAAAACACCACAACCCAGCUCCCUCUUCAGUGAUGAUGAGGGCCAGUGGAUAAGCCCCAAAGCAACCGUUGCCAAGCAGGAGAACAAGACGGGUGGAAUGAAGCCAAGCGCCAGCGCCCCCUCCAGCCUCCCAGGUGGAACAACGUUGCACAAAAGCAGUCUCUUUGACGAAGAUGAAGAUGACCUGUUUGCUCCAGCUAAAGAGUCGAGUCAGAAGAAACCCCAGAGAGGUUCUCUCUUGUUUGAGGAUGAGCAUGAUGAGGAUAAAGGAUCCCUGUUCGGAAUCAAAACCGAUGACGGCGCAAACGCAGCAGUGAAACCCAACUCCCUGUUAGACAAAUCACCAGAAUCUGCGGAUGCUAAGAAAAUUGUGAAAGAGAAACCGUCAGUGCCACAGAAACCGGUGGUGAAGCCCCCAGAGACCUUGCCGCCAUCGUCCGAGACCACCGAAUGUAAAAAGAAGCCCGUCGGAGCCGUCAACCUGUUUGGUGGCAUCGAUGUUCUGGCCCAAAAGCAAGCAAAGACUGUGUCUGAUGAAGACGACGACAGCGAUUACAACGGCCCACCACCAAAUGUUAAGACCCAAACGAAAGUCAAAAGGAACGCUCUCAGCCUGUUUGACGACGACAAAGAGGAGGAUGAGGAGGAUCCCAUCUUCACCCCCAGUAAACCUACAGCCAGAAACACAGCAAAGCCCGUAGAGCAGCGUCCGCAGUCAAAGAGCACUGGCGUGUUUCUGGAUGAGGAAUUGUUGUUUAGUCCCACCCAGCAGAAGGACAAUGAUCCAGACGUCGACCUCUUUGCCGCCCCGGAGAAGACCACAAGCGCCAAGCUCAGCUCCGUGAAGCCAGCGAUGCCGAGUUUCUUCUCGGAAGCCGAGGAGGACGACCUGUUUGGCCCCAGCAAGCCUCCAAAAGUAGCAGAGAAACCCAGGACGUCUCAAGACAUAGCGCCGCUAGUGAGCCCCGAAUCAAUUUCAGAUAUACAGAAAUCUCCAGCAAGUCCUGUAAAACCAAAAGAACCAUCAUCAAGGAUUGUCAAACUUCAAGCAAGUCUGAAGAUCAACCCUGCUGCAUUUCUCCCUGGCUCAACCCCCACCAUGCCUGGGGCCAUAAGCGUGCUCCCGGGUCUGGAUCCCAGUUCCUCUUCUGGGGUCUCCAGCUCCAGCAUGAGCCCCAGUCCUGCUACGACGCCAAUUGGAUCCCGAACGGACAGCGAGGCGGGAGUGAGCUUCGACACGCCACUCCAGGUUUCCAUGUUGCAAAAUGCAAACAAGGGUCGCAUCAGAGGUUCUGUACAUCGAAGACCACAGUCCAGAGCGGCAAGGCAAGCGUCUCAAAGAUCAGCGGCGGAACAAGAGGACUUUGCAGCUGCGAAGCCCUCUGUCGCCCCCUCCAGUUCAUCUUCAUCCGUCUUGCCACCACCAGGCCACUCGAGCCAGCCUCGUCUCCCAGAUAAUGCCACUCCAAUUACAUCCUCACCUUUAACUGCUCAACCUCCACCGGCUCAAAUCUCCACCAAGCCUUCUUCGCCGACGCUACCUGUAUCCAACCAUGCCAAGAAGCAAUACUCGAGUAAGGAUCGCAACCAAAGCGAAGUGCUGCCUCCCUUUGAGGAGGACGACAUUUUUGCUUCCGACAGCCUUUUCGGAUCUGUCACGAACAUCCCUCCCGCCAAGAAGGUUGAACAUCAGGCCGGGGCGGUAGCGAAGAAAGACGUAAGCAACCUCCCGUCCAUUUUUGACGACGACAGUGACGACCUCUUCCAAACGGUGAAACCAAAGUCGGCAGCAAAGACGGCCAAGGUGGCGCCCUUUUUGGAAGAUGAUGACGACGACGACGACAUCUUUGGGUUGAAGAGCAGCUCAACGUCCACGUCCACGAGUAGCAGAGAUGUCAAGAGCCGCAACAUUUUCACAAAGCAGGAUAUUUUGGAGGACGAUGUUGUCGUCUUGCCUGAAUCCCACAAAAAGGACAAGGACAAGUCCACCGACGUCAGUCUGUUUGACGACAAAAUCGAUAUCUUUGCCGACCUGACAGACUCUUUCACACCAAAUCAGAAGACCAAGGCCAAGGUGGCCAGCAGGUCCAUAUUUGAUGACGACAUGGAUGACAUUUUUGCACCAAGCACAGUCAAAACGGCGACAAAGGCGACUCCGAAAGCGAAGACUACGCCUCCCUCCAAGGAGACCAACACAGCAGUGGACUCUUGUACCAUAUUUGACGAUCCGCUUAAUGCUCUCGGUAGGAAUUGAAGUGAAUUUGUACAAUUGUGGAUCAACUCCUGAGUAUUGUUUGAUCGCUGCACCCGCAAGAGAUUGGACACACUGCCGGAGUAUUUAUUGAUAUUCUUAUCAAUAUGAAGUCUUGAUUGAUGGAGUAUUUCCAAAUUCAUCCAUUUGUUGCAUCGCAUCCUUAUGUAACAUUUACUAAGUACUGUUAAUAAUAAUUAUACAUGAUAGCACUUUAUGAGCAUACCGUUGUGCUUAGCCUCAGCGCCUGGAGAAAUUCACAGUAGAUCGUUGUUUUUUUUUUUUUUGGCUAUGCCAUGUUGAGAUUUCCUGUUUAUAGGUUCCUUGUCAUGUUUUUAUCAACGCCCCGUCCUCCAUUGUCUUAAGCUUUUUCACCAUAUUUUUAUCAAUAAGAAAUUCAUCCAUUUCUUAACUUUUGCUGUUAUGAAGAGAAAUUUCGUUUUUAUGGACUAAAAUGAAACAUAUUUUAUACUAUCCAAAUGUGUUUUUUUUUUGGGGGGGGGGGGGGGGGGGGCGGCGGCUUUUUUCUGUUUUGAUCAGGAAAUCUUGAAUAAAUCAGUAUAAGAAUGAUGUCAAAAUGAAGAGCUAGUUUCCAAAACUCAAUAAAUGCAUUUUUAUUAUUCUGAGAAAACAAAAGACCUGGAAAUUUUACAAAUGUUAAUUUGAAAAUACUAAAUAAUUGUUUUGGUCUGAACAUGUUCAAUAAAGAUUAAAAGGCCAUACAGAAUGAAUGGCAGGGCUAGAUGGAUAUUUAUUAAAUCUGCCUUUUAUUUCGUUUUGGAAAAGAGCUUAUCACUUCGUUAAAUGUGUGCAUAUCAUUUAUUUUUUAGAAAUAUAUGUAAAUGGCAACAAAGCCUAAAUAUUAGAUGAUGACAUCUUGACGACAUCCUGUAUAAAACAAGAGACAGUGUUA